UCUCCUCCUCAGUGAUCCAGAGAGCAGGGACCAGAGCCCGCCGAGCUGCGCACGUGGGUCCGCAGGGAGGAGGGCGGGGACGGCACGGGACUACAAAUCCCACAAUGCUCCGGACCGCGGCGGCGGGGAAGGAGGGGUGCUUCAGGUGUCUGCGACCUCGGCGCCUCCCGCCCGGAAGUGCCCGAGGGGCCGAGAUGGAGCUGGUGGAGCUAGGCGCACGGUAGCCUGGCGGGCAAGGCAGGGACCAUGGCCCUGAUCGAAGGGGUGGGUGAUGAGGUGACGGUCCUGUUUGCGGUGCUGGCCUGCCUGCUGGUGCUGGCACUCGCCUGGGUCUCCACACACACCUCCGAGGGGACUGACAGUACGCCCCAGCCCUCAGCCGUCCCGUCGCCAGGCCAAGCCGUGACAGCUCCUGACAGCAUCCAAGCAGAGGCCCCAGGUGCCGAGACCUCCAGCCUGAGACACAGAGGCCCAGCUGCACAGCCCGAGCCUGGCCCAGGGGUCACAGCAGCGGCACCACCCCCGGACUCCUCACAGGAACCCCUCGUGCUGCGGCUGAAAUUCCUCAAUGAUUCAGAACAGGUGGCCAGGGCCUGGCCCCAUGACACCAUUGGCUCCCUGAAAAGGACCCAGUUCCCCGGCCAGGAACAGCAGGUACGACUCAUCUACCAAGGGCAACUGCUAGGCGACGACACACAGACCCUGGGCAGCCUUCACCUCCCCCCCAACUGCGUUCUGCACUGCCACGUGUCCACGAGGGUCGGUCCCCCACAUGCCCCUUGCCCGCCGGGGUCAGAGCCAAGCCCCUCCGGGCUGGAGAUCGGCAGCCUGCUGCUGCCGCUGCUGCUGCUACUGUUACUCCUGCUCUGGUACUGCCAAAUACAGUACCGGCCCUUCUUCCCGCUGACCGCCACUCUGGGCCUAGCAGGCUUCACUCUACUGCUCAGCCUCCUGGCCUUCGCCAUGUACCGCCCGUAGUGCCUCCAAGGGCUCUCGGCAGCGUCGCCGGCCCCUCUGGACGUUGCUCCCCACGGCACAGUGGGAACUGCUGCCUGCCCAGGCCCGCGCCUCCGGCCUGCCUCUUCCCGCUCCCUUGGAGCCCAGUCCUUCGCCGCCGAGGGCUUCGGGGGCUGGUGGAACCCCCUGCCUGUGAGCUGCACGGCUCGGGGGCCCCUCCUAGGGCUGCUGGCCCUCAGCCCUCGCUGACAGUGGGCCCCUCGGGAUCAGACACCUGCUGUCGCUGCCUUGGACCUGGACAGAGCCAGACCACUCCCUUGGGCCCGUCUUAGUGUUCUGCCUGU